GUCACCAGGACAACGGGCGUUGCCAGCGCCGUGUGACUCCGGGCUGUGGGCGCGCUGGCGGCUCUUCGGCCAUGGUUUUCUCAAACAAUGAUGAAGGCCUUAUUAACAAAAAGUUACCAAAAGAACUUCUUUUAAGAAUGCUGUUCAGCUUGUUGUUAAAUUUUACUUGGUCUAAUCCAGAAUGUACUAAGUAUGUACAUAGCAUUGGUCUGGAUUCUUUUUGUAAUGUGAAUAUUUUCCUUCUUGGAUAUAGUAACUUUGUGCCGAUGUGCACAGAUUUCCAAGGCUUGGAACAUCUUAGCCCUAGAUGGAAGCAACUGGCAAAGAAUAGACCUUUUUAACUUUCAAACAGAUGUAGAGGGUCGAGUGGUGGAAAAUAUCUCGAAGCGGUGCGGUGGGUUCCUGCGGAAGCUCAGCUUGCGAGGCUGCAUUGGUGUUGGGGACUCCUCCUUGAAGACCUUUGCACAGAACUGCCGAAACAUUGAACAUUUAAACCUCAAUGGGUGCACAAAAAUCACUGACAGUGCCUCUGCUCUUUUUCAGCACGUGUUACAGUCUUAGCAGAUUCUGUUCCAAGCUGAAACAUCUGGAUCUGACUUCCUGUGUGUCCAUCACCAACAGCUCCUUAAAGGGGAUUAGUGAGGGCUGCCGGAGCCUGGAGUACCUGAACCUGUCUUGGUGUGAUCAGAUCACGAAGGACGGCAUCGAGUCCCUGGUGCGAGGCUGUCGAGGCCUGAAAGCCCUGCUCCUGAGGGGCUGCACGCAGUUAGAAGAUGAAGCUCUGAAACACAUUCAGAAUUACUGCCAUGAGCUCAUGAGCCUCAACUUACAGUCCUGCUCACGCAUCACGGACGAAGGCGUAGUGCAGAUCUGCAGGGGCUGCCGCCGGCUGCAGGCCCUCUGCCUUUCUGGCUGCAGCAACCUCACGGACGCCUCUCUGACAGCCCUGGCUUUGAACUGCCCGAGACUCCAGAUCUUGGAGGCUGCCCGCUGCUCCCAUUUGACUGACGCAGGCUUUACACUUUUAGCUCGGAAUUGCCAUGACCUGGAGAAGAUGGAUCUUGAAGAGUGCAUCCUGAUAACCGACAGCACGCUCAUCCAGCUCUCCAUCCACUGCCCCCACCUGCAGGCCCUGAGUCUGUCCCACUGCGAGCUUAUCACAGACGAUGGGAUCUUGCACCUGAGCAACAGCACCUGCGGCCACGAGAGGCUGCGCGUACUGGAGCUGGACAACUGCCUGCUCAUCACCGACGUGGCCCUGGAGCACCUGGAGAACUGCCGGGGCCUGGAGCGCCUGGAGCUGUACGACUGCCAGCAGGUCACCCGUGCGGGCAUCAAGCGGAUGCGGGCUCAGCUCCCUCAUGUCAAAGUCCACGCCUACUUUGCACCCGUCACCCCACCGACAGCGGUGGGAGGAAGCGGACACCGGCUGUGCAGGUGUUGUGUCAUUCUCUGACAGCGGCUGCCGGGCCAGCUCCAGAGAAGACCCGCGUCUUCCCGGUCCUCUCCACUGACACCGCCACCUGUCGAUUCUCCACUGGGAAGGUAUUUGCAGGUAAAGGACCUCGGUAGGGAUUGCAGUAACUCUGGUGAUAGUUUGGAUCUUUAGUGCUGUGAUGCAAUCAAAUCAAAGCCUCGUGUCAGUAAACACGUGGCAAGAGUGGUCUCAGUGCAGUCAGGCCCACGCCACAGACCCGAUUCCCUAGAGGUGGGUGUGCCUUCCCAGGUGCAGAAGUUCUGUCCUCGGCUGUGACAGCGUUCCUCAGACCAUCAGUGUUAGCACAAAUUGAGCAGAAAAAACAAGCUGUUGAUUUUCUACCUGAUACUUAAGAUAGUGGCUUACUUUAAUUCACGAUUCCACUUUGAAGAUCAAAUAGCAACUUUAUCAAAGUGACUAGACUGCAAAUUCAUAAUACCUGAUAGUUUUGUACGUAGAGAUGGAUGUGGAAGGCACGUUGAGAAGUUUCCAUGAGACACCAAAGAAAUGAGGACUCUACACUGGGUGGAGCAGGGUCUUCACUUGUUUCUGUCAACUUGUCACAUACUUUUGAGGACCAAAAACCAAACAAAGUCAACUCUGAGUUCAUGUUGCCUGAUUGGAAAUUAAAACUCUGGUGUACGCUACAGCACACAAUUUUAUUAUAGGAGAAAAGCUAAUCAUGUCCUAUCUCACAAAAUUUGGGGGACCUUAAAGCAAUAGAAUUAAGACUUAAGUUAUCUAUAAUACAAUCAAUUAAAAAUAAUGAAUGGAUGCAUGUAGAAUGGGUGUGAUUUUCUUUCCAAGUUUAUUUUAAAAUCUUAGAAAUCAAGUUACACCAGAACUAGUCAAAAGUUUUACACAUUUAAAACUCAGAUCAAUAAAGUGUUGGCACCUUUUAGACUCAAAAUAUAAAAACGAAUAAACCAUUGCAAUGCUAAGUCAGAGGGCUUUAUUGCUAUAAUCUAUGGCAGGUAAAUCUGAGCGAAACCACUUUCCAAAUUCAAGACCUUCCUAGUGUUAUCUAAGGUGACCUAGUUUCUGC